AGCUCCUUAUCUUUUUUCUCUGCGCCCCUUCCCCCUCUCUCUCUCUCCACAGCUCGCCUUUCUCUGCGAGAACCAUGGAAGAAGCAAUGAGGCGUCUAAACGGUGUAGCCCAUUCACCGGAUUCUGACACCAACGACCUCAGUAGUGAUCUCCACAAGAAAUGCAACAAGAGAAACUUGAAGGACGGUGGAAGCGGUGGUGGAACAAUGAGAUACCGGGGGGUCCGUAGGCGCCCCUGGGGUCGAUAUGCUGCUGAGAUUAGAGACCCACAGUCUAAAGAAAGGCGUUGGCUGGGUACUUUCGACACGGCCGAGGAGGCUGCGUGCGCCUACGAUUGCGCUGCUCGUGCCAUGCGUGGUCUUAAGGCUCGAACCAACUUUCAGUACCCUACUUCGCCCUCUCACCCUUCCACCGAUCAUCUACUCCCUCCCUUCGAUAUUGCUAGGCCAUCGGCCCCGUCGCUGAGGGACCUAAGCUCGCACCGAAACGUGGCAGCUUCUGAUUGGUCUACUUGGUCAAAUACUCGAGGUAUUGAUUUUCCUGGUUCCACAACACACAAAAGCUCUUCCUCUUCUCUUAACAUGCAUAUCCUUCGCGACUUCCUUGGUUCUUCGCCGUCAAGUUCUUUCUCCAACCCCCCUCAGUUUCUUGAUCCCGCCCCCUUCUAUGGUAGCUCUACUUCUGUUCCUUGUUCUUUCAUUUCUUCUGUGUCCAAUCCUUCUUUCUCUAGUGAUGUCAGCAAUCUGUCGGGUGAAGUGUCUUUCAAGGGUUCUUCUCUCAAUCUACCGGCCGUUGAAGAUCGUCAGGCCUGCAUGCCGGCGAUUGACAUCACCGACCCAACCGAUGAUAUGAAGUUCUUUCCCUCGGAGUCAUCCGGUUCUGGUUUAUUACAGGAAAUUAUCAGUGGGUUUUUCCCUAAAACUAGCUGCACCAAGUCGGUUUCCUCGUCGAAGGAUUCCAAUUGUACUCGAGAUCCUCUGUUUGUAGCACCUGACUCUGAAAUGGCCCUGGACCCGUCGUUGGUUGAGACCGUUAAAAAGGAAAUUGAAACUGAACAUAUUGGUCUAUAUUUGGAUUAUCAAGGAAACUCUCAGCAGUUUGAGGUUCGUCGGGAUGGUCAGCUUUCGGAGCCAAUGCCGUUGUACAAUGAGCUUCCUAAAAGCUUUCCCGUGAUGACUGAAGGAAUGUUGGAAGAUAUUAUACAUCACCCAGAGCUUCUUGAUAUUUUUGCAUCUAAGUUGCAGCAGAACUCUUGAGUGCAGAAGGAUUGGAGUUGGGCUCUCUCUCCCUCUUUCUAAUGAAUUGACUUCCUUGUUUCAUUGUAAUCCAGUCAUCUUAAGAUGGUUUCUCACUUUCUUGUGUUGGGUUAUAAUUUCUAUGAACUAUAGUCCUUUUUCUCUUUUUAUGUUUUUGGAUGGUA